AUGUCCCGAUCCGCCGCGGACGCAACGCGGUUCACGGCCACAGGGCCAUACGCCAGCUCCAAGCCUUAUGACCUGUCAAAUUCAGCCCAGCCAAAGAAUCCGCUGUCAAAAGCUCGUGUGCAGAUGGGGCCUGAUGGCAAGCCUGAGACGCCGAAGCAGAAGGUGGAACGACUGCGGGCGCAGGCCCGAGCUGCCCGGGCUGCCCAGGCUUCGUCUGGAGCCGACCGAUGGAUUGAAACCGGUCGGAGAUUUGCUAAUAAGGCGCACAAGGGUGUGGUCUACUCAUUGAUUGCUGCUUCGGGUGUCUGCGGUAUCCUCACAGUGUACUCCCUUGUCUCCCUGACACUCUACAACCGACGCCAACGGGCGGUGUUCAUCGAGCGAGAGAAGGAUAUGCUCAACCAAGCACGCAUUGCACAGGCUAAUGGCUCCGCGACCGAAGAGCAGCUUGAGCUGGUUAAGCAGGUGGAGAUUGCAGAGAUUAUGAAGCGGAAGCGCGAGGAAGAGAAGGCGAAUCGUCCAUGGGCCAAGGCAAAGCGAUUUUUGUUUGAGAGGGCCAAUGCCGAAGAUACCGCCGCUGCAGCAACUGCUACUGCCGCAUCAUCAGAAGUGGCGGAUGGCUCAGAGUCGGUCAGCGUGACUGAUGCCGUAAAUGCCAAGAAGGCCUUUGACGUUGCGUCCGCUAAGACUGGCGCUCCAGUGCCUGGACAGCUCGACGUAAUGGGUGAGAACGCGGAGCGGGCUGCGAAGGAGGCGACACGGAGCUGGAUGAGCUGGCUGACUGGACGGUAA